GCCGUUGAGGGCCAACCGGUUGGGGGGUCCGCAGCGGGCUGCCUGAAUGCCUGGACAGAGUGGCUCCCAGGCUGCCUGAAUACCUCGGGCCAAUUCAACCAAGGUCGUUCUGGAUCUCUUCCGCUUUCUCGUAUCUCUGACUAUGAAGUAGGCGGCUGUACUCCAAGUACACAGUACUAUUUUUAUUUUUCUGACUGUUAUCAUCGUUAUUAUUAAUAUUACUGACUCCUUCGCCUCCUCCUUCCCUCUUCUCUUAUUCUCGAUCAUUCGAUGUGUGCUUACUAGUACCAUCGACCGGCUCUGACUGUGAUGUCUCCAGUGGGAGCUGCCCUCUGGCGUUCCCUUCGCGCCCAUCAGGUUUACGGCGCCAACACGGAUGUGGGCAAAACAAUUGUCUCGACCGUUCUCUGUAACGCGGUCCAGCGCCAAAAGUCCCAGGAUCAGGCGGCCUUUCUCAAACCCGUCUCGACGGGGCCAUUGGAUGACGCAGAUGACCGACAUAUCCAACGCCAUGCUGCGGGUACGUUGACUAAAUGUCUCUACCAAUUCGACGAGCCCGUCAGUCCGCAUAUCGCGGCUCAGCAGAAGAAAUUUACUGUCCCUCGCGAUGAUGAUAUCUUGGCUUCUGUCCACAAAACCCUCUCUGACUGGGCGGGCAGCGGUGUCAAUUUUGCCCUGGUAGAAACGGCCGGUGGUGUCCAUUCCCCCGGCCCCAAUGGCAAUUCCCAAGCAGACCUCUAUCGCCCACUGCGGUUACCUAUUGUCUUAGUCGCCGAUUCCCGGUUAGGUGGUAUCUCUUCGUCUAUCUCGGCCUACGAGUCACUUUUGCUUCGAGGCUACGAUAUCCACUCGGUUUUACUGUUUCGCGAUGAGUACUACAAGAACCACGAAUACUUACGGAACUAUUUCCAGAAAAAGUCUAUUCCGCUCGUUCCAUUGCCGUCGCCUCCUCCGAAGCCGUCAGUGCAAGAUGUAGAUUCCGUGGCGCGGGACGAGGAAGCCAUGACAACCUACUAUGGUCGUGUUGCACAGGAAACGGAUGUGGCGAGCUUAUUGGAACAGCUAUCUGCUAAGAACGCGGAACGGAUCGACCGGCUGGAAUCGAUGGCCAGUCGGGCACAUGACACCAUCUGGUAUCCAUUCACGCAGCAUCAUGGCAUGGAGGCCAAGGACAUCACACCGAUUGACUCUGCAUAUGAUGACUACUUUCAAACGUUCGUGGAUUCGGACAAGUCCCACCAUGAAAGCAAGCUGCGCGCAACAUUUGACGGGUCUGCAUCCUGGUGGACGCAAGGCUUGGGUCAUGGCAACCCCAGUUUAGCUUUGUCGGCUGCAUAUGCCGCGGGACGGUACGGACAUGUAAUGUUUCCAGGAAAUAUACAUGAGCCCGCUUUGUCGCUGGCAGAACUCUUGCUCGAGAGUAUUGGCAACCCGCGCCUCCGGAAGGUGUUCUACACCGAUAAUGGAAGCACCGGCAUGGAGGUCGCUGUGAAGAUGGGUCUCCGGGCGGCAUGCGACCGUUACGGAUGGGAUGCCAGCCAGGAGCAGAUCAGUAUCCUCGGUCUCAAGGGAAGCUACCAUGGCGACACGAUCGGCGUCAUGGACUGCGCAGAGCCUUCCACUUUCAACAAGAAAGUCGAAUGGUAUCGCGGCCGAGGAUACUGGUUCGAUUUCCCGCAAGUGAAAAUGUCCCAAGGAAUGUGGAAGGUCGAGAUUCCCGAGAACCUCCGGGAAUCACUGGGCUCGGGCUUCGAGUUCUCGUCCCUGGAUGACAUCUUUGAUAUGGAGGAACGGCUGCAAUCGGCCGCGGGAAAGCGCUACACGGAAUAUAUUCGCAAUACUAUUCAGGAUCUGGUUCAGCACGAAGGGAUGAAGUUUGGUUCUCUUAUCAUGGAGCCCAUUAUUCUAGGCGCUGGCGGCAUGCUGUUUUGUGACCCUCUCUUCCAACGGUGUCUCGUCGAGGUUGUCCGCGGCUAUCCUGAGCUGUUUGGCGCAAGCGGGGCUAAAUCUACCAAGGAUCACCCCGUGGCCACCUCCUGGUCUGGUCUCCCGGUUAUCUUCGACGAGGUGUUCACUGGCCUUUACCGUCUUGGCCGUAAAUCCUCGGCCUCAUUCCUCCAGGUCGACUCCGACAUCGCGGUGAACGCGAAACUUCUGACGGGUGGUCUUCUUCCUCUAUGUACUACGAUGGCCAGUGAUGAAAUCUUCCAGGCAUUUUCGAGUCCGGAAAAGAGCGACGCUUUACUCCAUGGACACAGCUACACGGCACAUGCUGUGGGCUGCCAGGUGGCAGUGGAUUCGCUGCAGACCAUGAUGCGGAUGGAAAACAGUGGGUCCUGGGAUGGGUACCGCCAGGACUGGACAACCUUGUCCGAUACCCCAGUGACCCUGGGCGCUCGGGACAGCUCUAAUAUCUGGAGUGUCUGGUCUCAUGGCCUCGUCAGUGAUCUAUCCCAUGCGCCAUCGGUGGAUGGCGUGUUCGCCAUUGGAACGGUGCUCAGCAUCUCACUUAAAGACGUGCAGGGAGGAGGCUACACCUCGACAGCCGCCAGAGGUUUACAGCAGCGGUUAUCGACGAGUGACGGAAAGUUUAAUGUGCACUCGCGUGUUCUCGGAAACGUUCUGUACCUCAUGUCCAGUGUGACUUCUCAACCGCAGGCGCUACGCUCCAUUGAGGGGGUGCUACGAGAGGCCCUCCUGUAGUAACAAGGCCUGUGUAAAUUACCGUACCUUGGAUACAUGGCCGCUAACAUCCCUGACCAAAAGUCAAAGGGGAGAUGAGGGAGGGGGAAAAAAAAGACCCUAAAUGAGAUUAACGAGUUAUAGCGUUUUCAGCGAACCCAAUGAACCCCCCGUACGGUUUACUUUCCGAGGGGAAAUUGAAUUUUUCUGAGCUUAUUUGUGUACGGUUAGCAUCGGGUACGGAGUACUAGGCAUGCCCCAGGUGAGGUCAUUCUACGACGGAAAAGUAUUGAACACACUCCGACGACGUACCUGGAAAGCAGGAGAAUGACUAGUGAAG